GGCUUCAUUUGAUCAAAUCCUUCAACUUGGACCACUUAGGCUCAGCUGCACUUUUUUACAACACUGCAUUUGGGCAGCGCCACAACUUACGCAGCAGUUCCUCUUCCACAGCGCAGCAACAAUUAACACACAGCGGCGAGGCAGAGAGAGGAGUGGGGGGAAAAAAGGACUUCUUGCCUGCACCGCAUCUUUCUGUGCCGCCAGCCAUGGAGACGGGCUGCACAUUUUGCCCAAAGUGGCACAGUGCGCUUUGGCUUUUGCUUUUGAUGAUGCUCAGCUUUUUCCACACAGCCAAAGCUGAGAUAACGUGCAGGUCCUGUCAGCCUGGAAAUAAGUGGCGCGCACAGGAAUUACUGUUGAAUCUCGACAUGAGUGUAUCCUCGGCGGGGUUGAAGGGAGAAGUUUUGGGACGCGGACCCGGGGCUGCGGGUGGAGAGGGUCGGCGGCCCCGUUGCGCGGCGGGGUCCGCUGACUGCGCUCCGGAUGAGGCGGAAUACACGGUGCCAAGGCUGGGACGGCAUACACGCAGCCUGCGCGCAAACGGUGACAUUGGUGAGAGCGAGUUUGCGAAGACUAAAGUUUCAUACGUGAAAAUGAGUGGCCAGCGGAUGUCCAGCGACGGGGCCGGUCUCACCUCAGCCGUCUCACCCAAAAGGCGCACCAGAAGGAACAGUGGUAAAGAUGAAGCCAGGUCCUCCCGCUCAGCCCAGAGGCAGGACCCGGGAGAGGGCACCGGUUCGGCGGCGGAACGCAGAGUGACGCGCUCCGAAUUGCGCCGGAGCGGAGAGGAGCGGAGAGCCGCUGGUCCGAGGCAGGAGGAGCUAAAACUUAAUAGUUCUACGUUCGCCUUGACCGGGGACUCAUCUCACAACCAGGCUAUGGUGCACUGGUCUGGCCAGAACAGCAGUGUGAUUCUGAUGCUGACCAAACUAUUUGACUUCAACCUCAACAGUGUGACUGAGAGUUCAUUAUGGAGGUCAACCGACUAUGGAGCAACAUACCAGAAGCUGAAUGACAAAGUCGGAGCAAAGACAAUACUCAGUUACCUUUAUGUGAGCCCGAACAACAAGAGAAAGAUCAUGCUGCUAACCGAUCCGGAAGUGGAGAGCAGUCUCCUGAUCAGCUCCGAUGAAGGAGCAACCUACCAGAAGUACCGUCUCAACUUUUACAUCCUCAGCCUGCUCUUCCAUCCUGAUCAAGAGGACUGGAUUCUUGCCUACAGCCAUGACCAAAAGCUCUACAGCUCAGUGGAGUUUGGGAGGAGGUGGCAACUGGUGCAUGAGAGAGUGGCUCCGAAUCGCUUCUACUGGUCGAAAAUGGGUCUGGACAAAGAGCCGGGCCUAAUUCACCUGGAAACCAGCAUCUCUGAAGGACAGGCACUGUAUGUCACCUGCAAGCUGCAGAACUGCACAGAUGCCAACAAGGGCAAACCAUUCCCAGGCUACAUUGACCCCAAUUCCCUGGUGGUGCAAGAUGAGUAUGUGUUUGUCCAGGUAUCAACUGCGGGAAGGCCAAUCUACUACGUGUCUGCUAAAAGAGAUGUCUUCAACCCGAUGAAGCUGCCCAAGUACACCCUACCCAAGGACCUGCAUGUGAUCAGCACGGAUGAGAACCGUGUGGUGGCAGCUGUGCAGGAGUGGAACCAAAACGAAACCUACAACCUGUAUGUGUCCGACACGUCGGGGGUCUACUACACGCUGGCUCUGGAGAACGUGGUCAGCAGCAUGGGCCACGAGGGCAACGUCAUGGUCGAUCUAUAUGAGGUAGCGGGAAUAAAAGGGAUGUUCCUGGCCAACAAGAAGACUGAUAACCAAGUAAAGACGCACAUCACCUACAACAGAGGCAGAGACUGGAGGCUGCUGCAGGCCCCGAGCAAAGACCUAAGGGGCAACAGCAUUCACUGUGUGCUACCGUACUGUUCGCUGCAUCUCCAUCUCCAAGUCUCUGCAAAUCCCUACACAUCUGGAAACAUAGCCAGCAGGGAGUCAGCGCCGGGGAUCAUUGUCGCAUCAGGGUCAUUUGGCUCGGAGCUGACCACCAGCAACGUCAGUGUGUACAUCACCUCAGAUGCAGGAAACACAUGGAGACAGAUCUUUGAUGAGGAAUAUGCAGUGCUCUAUCUUGACCAAGGAGGCGCCUUGGUUGCAAUAAGACACACUCCACUUCCCAUCCGACACCUAUGGUUGAGCUUUGACGAAGGACGGCAGUGGAACAAGUACAGCUUCACUAACACGCCCCUGUUUGUGGAUGGGGUGCUGGGAGAGCCCGGGGAAGAGACUCUCAUCAUGACGAUAUUCGGCCACGUCAGUCAUCGCUCUGAGUGGCAGCUGGUGAAAAUCGACUUCAGGUCCAUCUUCAACAGGAGAUGUACAGAGGCGGAUUAUCAGACGUGGCACCUGCACAACCAGGGUGAGCCGUGCCUCAUGGGAGUGAAAAGAAUCUACCGGAAACUGAAGCCCACGUCCAGGUGUGUUAUGGGAAAGAUGUACUCGGUGUCAAUGACGUCGGGACUCUGCGAAUGCACAGAGGCUGACUUUGAGUGUGAUUAUGGCUACGAGAGACGGUCCAAUGGAAAUUGCAGCCCAGCCUUUUGGUUCCAUCCAUCAUCGAUGUCUAGGAGUUGCACAACGGGGAUGACUUUCCUUAACAGCACUGGCUACAGGAAAGUGGUGUCUAAUAACUGCACAGCUGGAGUCAGUGUGGAGUACACGGCCAGGAGGCGGCAAUGUCCCAUCCAAGCUCCCAAAGGUCUCCACCUGGUCACCAGUGAGGGCACACUGACAGCCACGCUGGGCACCAAUGUCACCUUCCUCGUGUUUCUGGAGGAGGGAGACGGAGCGAGGACAAGCAUCAACCUGGACUUCGGAGACGGCCACGCUCUGACGUACUCCAACGUGAGCUCCAUCGAGGAUGGCAUCAAACACAUCUACAGGGCUGUGGGAAUCUACCGGGUGAUCGCCACCGGGGAGAACAAUCUGGGUUCGGAGACCGCCAUGCUGUACCUACAUGUAACAUGUCAGCUGGAGUAUAUCCAUCUCUCAGCUCCCUUUGUGGCGGUGAGGAAUAAGGAGGUGAACCUGACUGCUGUUCUCUGGCCCAGCCAAGUGGGAACGGUCACCUACAUCUGGUGGAUCGGAAAUAACACCGAGCCAGUAAUCACCCUAGAGGGAAGUGUAGCUUGCAUGUUCUCCAGGGAAGGCAUCAACACAGUCACCGUGCAGGUGUCUGCAGGGAAUUCUAUUCUGCAGGACAGAAAAACCAUCGCUGUCCACGAAUACUUCCGAUCUCAUCUGCUCGCCUUUUCAUCAAACCUUGACGACCACAACCCUGAUGUCGCAGAAUGGAGGCUGGACGUGAGCCGAGUCAUCAAGAACUCUCUGAUCCAGGCCACAGCCGUGAGAGAGGACAAGCUGCUGGUCGCCGUCCUCCCAGGUUUACCAACCGCAGCAGAGUUUUUCCUCCUGCCUGACAAACUGUUAACUGAGGGGAAGCCGGAGAAGACUGCUGCUCAUUUAGAUCAGCUCGCAGAGGUUUUGCUGAGUGCCUUGAACCAGAACCUGGUACAGUUCACGCUACGGCCGGGGGUCCAAGUCACUGUGUACGCAGCACACCUAUCAGCAGCACCCCUAGUGGACACCAGCGAGAACCACAGUGGCUCCGCCAUGCUAAUGCUGCUCUCCGUUGUGGUUGUGGGUUUAGCCGUGUUUGUCAUCUACAAAUUCAAGAGGAAGAUCCCAGGCCUCAACGUCUAUGCGCAGAUGCAGAAUGAAAAAGAACAAGAAAUGAAGAGUCCAGCCAAUCCAACAGAGGCCACGCCCGGCUCACAGCGGGACUUGGUGCAUUCUUUGGAGAUUCUGGACACAGAGUUGAACUCACGGCCCAUCGGAUGUAUGAAACCUCAUGUACAUGUGAAAUUCUCCACAGAGCUCCCAACAUACAUCGUCUGAACUCUGAACUGGACGACCGCUCCAGCUGCAUCAUGGAUCUUUUUUAUUUUUAUUUGGCAUUUGGGACACAAUGGUUUUGAGCUUUAUACAUACCUGUUCAUCUCGGACCCUGCUGACACAUACUGUGCCCUGUUCCAAACAGAUGAAACUCUGUCCAGGUUUUUAUUUAAAUUUAUGUAUUUCCUUCAAAAAUACAUGAACAUUUUGAAAAAUGCCAUUCAUUUAUACAAGUCGGAUACAUAAUCCAGAGAGAGAGCGGCAGCAUGAACCAGUGAGGGGGAAAUAAAAUAAGCAACAAUGUUUUGACUUUGCUUAUCAAAAAUUGGUUCGCUGUGUUAUGAAGCUAACAGCAUUAGUGUAUUAUUUAUUCAUACAAAUAUACUUUUGUGAAAUAUGUUAUUAGAAGUGAACAAAACAUUUAUUUUGUAAAUCAUGAAUGUCUAUGUUAGAAAUGUGUGUAUUUUAAUAACAAAUGUCAUACUUAACAUAAAUACUGUUAUAAAAUAUGAAUAGGGUACUUUAAAGCUUUUGGUCCAUUUUCUCUUGGAAAGCUGAUUUAUGGCACAAUACACAUUUUCUACUGAAAUAACUCUUUUUUUCAGAUUUUGAUUUCAAAACCGAAAAAUACAGGGUUUGGUUUUCUGGAUAAUUUUAACUUUGCUGUUUAUCUAAUGCUCCUUAUACUAUUUAUGAUAAAUGCCAGUUUGUAAAAUGUUUUCGUGCUUCGGAAUAAGAUAAAAAUUCAUGGAAAUGGCGCUGAACUGCAUCUUCCAUCCACAGUUGAUCCCCUUAUACCACCAGACUGUAACCUUUAGGAAUAGAAGAAGAAAAGUGGCGGGAGCGAAUGUCCCCCAAACAAAACUAUUCCAAAGUUUCAGUCAGCUGCACCUCGACCUCGGCCACCAUCCCUACAGGAGGCAGAGUGCAAUUUAUCAAGGCAAAGAUCUGAGGUGGCAGUUGGAAUGAGAUACAGCUGCUUUGUGAGCGAAUCCAAAGACCACAGCAAAGACAGAGAGAUACAGAGACAGAGGUUAACGGAGAUGGAAGAGUGCUUUUUGGAGACGUGACGCAUUAAGAAUGUUGUAUCAGACAGAAUAAGAAGACGGUCGACUUGUUGAAUACUUAAUGUGGUCAGUCAAGCUCAAGGCCGGCUAAGGUUGGUGACACAUUUAGGCUAAUGUCCCGACCCCCCCUCUCCUGCUGCAGCUGUCUUCAACCCAGCUCAUUAUGUGGUGCUACAGGAGCAGGAGAAGUAGAGCGCAGAUGCUACCAGGCCACACAGAUGGUUAGCUUGUUCAGGGGACUGUCACGCCCUGUGGUACUUUGUGUGGCAAAUCUGACAGAUGUAAAAAGCCUGAUUGAUGCCUUUCAAAUCUUAUGAGGCUGCAUUUACGGAUUUGUUUUAUUUCUUUCGUUCUCUCUCUCUGUUUCCUGCGAGGACAUAUGGAAAUACCGAGCAAGUGUUGUUUGUGUCAAUUUACGAUGAGAUUCUCUACAAUCGUUGAGUCGUGGCUGUGCAGAGAUCGCCCCAGUAUAUACACCUACACAAGAGAAGAGAAUGUAAAUCUGGACCAUGCACAAGAGCGAUCAUUAGAGACACACAGCGGCUGCCUUGCACUUGACCUCUGCUCAACAGGAACAGGGAAAUGAGGAUGACAUUUUCUCUUGGCUUUUAAGAGAUCUGCCAAAAGAAGGUUUUGUCUUGAGCUAUUGUGGGUUGAUUGGUGACAUUUACUCAUAUGGAGAAAGCUAUAUUCUGUGUUAGAGCUUUGGCAAUGACAGUUGAAGAACACAGAUGAAGAGGAACUUGUUUUUAUCCGGGUGGGACUUCACCAAAGCCGACGUGCUGUGGAGACAGAAGACGCCAUACAGAUGGAGGAAUGUGCCAAUUUCAGAAAACCGAAUACGAUGAAAAAAAUGCUGCUUUGUUGCUUCACUGUUGAUGCAAAUUGACGCAGUAAGUUAGUGUGGAGAUGUAUCCUGACUGCCUUCACACACAGAUAUCAAAAAGGCUUAAAGCUCGCAGGCAUGUUUGUGUUAAACAUUGUUAACUCCCAUAUUGAGCUGCGGCUAGGCCUUUAUUUUACUGUCAUUAGACCAGCAUAUGACGGCAGGUUGUUUCUUUGGACUUCAAACAACCAAAAUGGAAAAAGUUAUAGGAACAAGUGCGACUGGUCGUCGGCAAGUUGUUGUCUCCUCAAAAACAGAAGUUUUGCCGAAACUUUGUCUCAACUUCCCCUGGGUGAGUUACUGGUUCCCUCCUGAGUUUUGAACAGCAGUGGGUGGUGAGCAUCCAGAGGUCGAGAGUGCACCGGUGUGUGGGCUUUCAUAGAACAGGGUAGGCUCUUGUGUUUUAUACAGUACAUGACUUGCUGGUACGUGUUGCCCUGAAAGAAUAAGAUUUACCUGGACUAUGUUGUGCUACAGCGAUUAAUAUCCUUCAGACGAGCUGUGGUGAAUGUGUUUAAAAAAGGAAAGUGUUUAUAUUUCAAAGCUGCAUGCUGACAUGAUUUUCGGUAACGAUCCAGCUUCCAUCUUUACAAUAAUUAUAGCUUUGUGCAUCCAUCUGAAGCUGCAGGACUUAAUUUGUGCUCAGGUAUGAGGUGGUUUAUCUCAUCCCAUUGCAUGGUAUAUAAGGGUUAUUUAACCUGCCAGUGGUUUGAUUUUUGUUGAUCAGCAAAUCAGUUAUGUGUCUCUGAAAUGUAGCAAUAUAUAUGAUUGGAUCCCCACACUUUUUUAGUUUUGCAAAGUGAAGAAGUACAGUUGAAUAAGGGCAGGAUUUAGUUUAUGUUUCAGAUGCUCUGUCUGGCUCUGGUUUUAGAAGCUUGAGGGGAGACAUGCAGCACAGUAGCGUGUAACCAGAGACCCGCGUAGCAAAGCAGCUGAGUGCUAAUCCUAACCCAAACCCCAGGGAGCAGGAAAUGACCCCAGCAAGAUAGGAUCAGGAGGACGGUCAUAAUAAAAGCAUCUCCGGCCUUGUAGUUUCACUGGGAGGAGGACAGAUCGAAUAGGCAGGAAGUCCUGUGACAUGAGGCAUCCCUGGCUUCCUGGCUCGGAUGAGCUGCGAUGUGACAGCACCCUAGGGUGUGGGAAACAGCAUCAAGUUGUAGACCUGCUUUGAGCCAAGCUCUCUUCCUCUCUCUUUCCCUCCUCUGUCCCCUCCAUGAUGCAGGAUUAGCAAGAUUAUUAUUUUUAUAGAGAAAUAUUAAUAAUAAUAACAAAAAAACGAGUUUUAUUACUGUACAGCUUUUGUAUGAGAACAGACGGUAAGGUGUUACAGUGUUUUUGUUUGACCUCAACUGUGCUGUGUGUAAUUGUUUUAUGCAUUUACAAUCAUAUUUAUUAAAUGGAAAGACGUCUGUUAACUGUGUUCUCAUUUUCUUACAAUAUUUGUAAAGAAAUACUAUGUA